UCCGUUUGGGGGACAGCGCGCGGCCGCGUGCGCAGUCAGCGGAGUCUCGCCCAAUCCAGCAGCAGAAGCGCAGGACCGUACGUCACAGCAGAGGACAUCAGCAAGUGCGUUCAGUGCUGAAGAGGACACAAGCAUCUGAAGGACUAGGCUAGAAAGGACACAGCUUCACUAGGAUGCGGCCUUCCGUUUGGGAAGCACCCUCUAUUUCUCCCCCAAUAACAACCCCCACAUAUCUCACAACAAGCGGCAAAUAUAACCAUCGAUAGAAGCGGCGGAUCGGUUUACGUAGCUUCAGAGUGGUAUCUGGAUUAUUUUCGCUUUCAGCCUAUGCAGCAAAACGCGUCUGCGCAAGAACAGAAAAUAACAUUUUUUUGAACGACUGAUAUUCCACAAAACAUCCAUUCAUUUUCAGAGGGAUGAAGUUCUUUAUUUUGCACAUAUCGAGUGUUUUACUCGUGCAUGAUGUGUCUGGUGUUGUUACAGACACAGUGUCUGUGAUGGAGGGAGAUUCCGUCACUCUACACAUUAGUGUUAAAAAAACCCAACAAGAGAGAAUUAAAUGGUAUUUUAAUGACACCUGUGUAGCUCAAAUUAAUGGAGAUCCCAGUAAGAUCUGUGCAGAUAAUCAAAGCCAUGAUGAUAAAGAGAGAUUCAGAGACAGAUUGAAGCUGGAUCAUCAGACUGGAUCUCUGACCAUCACAAACAUCAGAACCACAGACUCUGGACUUUAUGAACUGAAGAUCAUCGACAGCAGCAGCGACAGUGAAGAGACCUUCAGUGUUUCUGUCCGUGAUGUUCCUGCUGCUGAACUGGAGGAAGUGAAGAGAAAGUCAGUGAAGGAGGGAGAAUCUGUCACUUUAGAUCCCGGUGUAGUAAAACACCCAAAUGAUGUGAUGAUGUGGUAUUUUAAUGAUACUUGCAUCGCUGAAAUCACUGGAGAUCUCAGUAAGAUCUGCACGGAUGAUCAGUGUGAACACGCUGAUGGACGAUUCAGAAACAGACUGAAGGUGAAUCAUCAGACUGGAUCUCUGACCAUCACAAACACCAGAACCACAGAUGCCGGACUUUAUAAACUGGAGAUAAACAGCAGCAGCAGCAGCAUCAGUCGUCGCCAUAGCAGCAGCAUCAGCAUCAGCAGCUUUAAGAGCUUCAGUGUUGCCGUCAUUGAAUCAGGUCAGUCUGUAGCAGUAAUAUGUGCUGGCGUUGGGGUUCUUCUGCUGGUUUCUGCAGCUGUAAAUCACACCGCUGGUGUGAUUAACUGUCACCAUAAUAAAGCUAAAAAAGCAGGACAGAAUGAGGAUGAUGUUGAAUACUCGUGCACUAAUAAGGCUGAGAUUUCAGUGUUGACUGUUGCCAAUGAAUCGCCCCCUUAUCCGGCUGAGGCUGCCAGAGCGACAUCACCUUUUUUAGCUAUUUAAAUAAAUGAAAGCAUGUCGCCAAAAUCUAUUUUUGAAAGAAGCACAUUGUCAGCAAUAGAACAGUGAAUGCUUAAUGUUUUGUAUUAAUGUGUAUUAAUGAUGUUAAAAGAUUUUCUUUUUUUUUUGUAGCAGUUUAGUACCUCCUUCCUUAUGGCCAAGAAGUGUAUUUUAUUACUCUCACACAGUGUCAUACUGCAAUAUGCAAGCAUGCAAAUUAUGUGCACAAAUAUGCAAAUAAACAAUAUAAAUCAACUCUGCACUACUGAUAAAUCUGCUGGAAAAGGAUCAUGUCAUGGAUUUAGCCUGCAUUCCAUCGGCACCAGGUCCUUCAGCUCCACCCACCAGAAUAUGAACCUGUCACACCCUCAUCCAGCACCCAUCAGAAGCACACAGCACACACUCAACUGUUGUCUGGUCUUGUCAGUCUCUGCAAAAGAAUGUACCUACUUGACUACCUGUGAUUACUUACCUACUUCGUCUUCCUCCAUCCAUCGAUCCUUUAGACUGUUCAUCAUCUGUCUGCUCAUCUAACCAUCCUGCAAAGAAACAAAGGCUCCUCAGUUAAGUGCUACUGCUCAUCGAAAUCCUUAUGUUCAUCACUUGCCUGUUUGAUGAUCCUGCACAAUCUAAUCUAUCUGUGAAUAAAGACCUGUUAACUUCA